CUUGCUGCUAAGGGUUGCUCGUGCAGAUCAGAGACACCGGUACAGCGGUGUGAAUCAUGAACAAAGAUAGCUAAUUUUAACAGAGAGGCACAACAAGUUCAUCUGGAUUUAUUAUUCUUUCAGGGAAAAACGAGCAUCAGUUCUAUUUUACAGCACACAGAGUGGCGUGUUGUUAAAGAUGUCAGUGGUAGGAUUUGACUUGGGCUUUCAGAGUUGCUAUGUAGCCGUAGCCAGAGCUGGAGGAAUCGAGACGGUGGCUAAUGAAUACAGCGACAGAUGUACACCGUCAUUUGUGUCAUUUGGUCCAAGAAAUCGAUCGGUUGGAGCGGCUGCUAAGAGCCAGGUGGUGACCAACUGUAAGAACACAGUGCAAGGCUUCAAGCGCUUCCAUGGCAGAGCGUUCUCAGACCCGAUUGUUCAGACGGCCAAGUCAAACUUGGUGUACGACCUGGCACAGAUGCCCUCAGGUACCACUGGGAUAAAGGUGAUGUACAUGGAGGAAGAGAGAGUAUUCAGCGUGGAGCAGAUAACCGGCAUGCUACUGACCAAACUGAAAGAGACAGCUGAAAGUGCACUGAAGAAGCCGGUUGUUGACUGUGUUAUCUCGGUACCAAGUUAUUUCACUGAUGCAGAAAGGAGGUCAGUCAUGGAUGCUGCUCAGAUCGCUGGUCUCAACUGUCUGCGGUUAAUGAAUGAGACCACUGCAGUGUCUCUGGCUUAUGGAAUCUAUAAGCAGGAUCUUCCAGCUCCAGAGGAGAAGCCAAGGAUAGUGGUGUUUGUGGAUUUAGGCCACUCUGGGUACCAGGUGUCCGUCUGUGCUUUUAACAAAGGAAAACUCAAGAUUCUGGCUACAGCUUUUGAUUCAGACCUCGGUGGGAAGGACUUUGACGACAUCCUGGUCAACCACUUCUGUGAAGAGUUUGCAAAGAAGUACAAACUGGACGUCAGGUCCAAGCCUCGAGCUUUAGUGCGCCUUUAUCAGGAAUGUGAGAAGCUGAAGAAGCUGAUGAGUGCCAACUCCUCCGACCUACCCCUCAACAUUGAAUGCUUUAUGAACGACACUGAUGUAGCCAGUAAACUGAACAGAGGUCAGUUUGAAGAGAUGUGUGCUGGGCUGCUGGCCAAGGUUGAGGGUCCCCUGCGCAGCGUCAUGGAACAGACUAAGCUGAAAAAGGAAGAUAUUUACGCUGUGGAGAUUGUGGGCGGAGCCACCAGAAUCCCAGCCAUCAAAGAGCGGAUCGGCAAAUUCUUCGGGAAAGAGCUAAGCACCACCCUAAAUGCAGACGAGGCCGUGGCCAGGGGCUGUGCUCUGCAGUGUGCCAUUUUGUCACCGGCUUUCAAAGUGAGAGAGUUCUCCAUCACAGAUGUUGUCCCGUACUCAAUCUCCCUUAAGUGGAAUUCCGCUGCAGAGGAGGGACUAAGUGACUGUGAGGUUUUCCCAAAGAACCACGCUGCUCCUUUCUCCAAAGUCCUGACUUUUUACCGUAAAGAGCCCUUCACUUUGGAGGCCUAUUACAAUAACCCAAAGGAGCUAAACUACCCUAAAGCCACUAUAGGCCAGUUUCUGAUCCAGAAUGUGGUUCCUCAGGCAUCGGGCGAGAGCGCCAAGGUCAAAGUAAAAGUUCGUGUCAACGUUCACGGUGUGUUCAGUGUCUCUAGUGCAUCUCUGGUAGAAACCAUAAAAGAGACAGAAGGAGAAGAACCAAUGGAGACGGACCAAGUAGCAAAGGAGGAGGAGAACAAAAUGCAAGUGGACCAGGAAGAUCAGAAACCCCAGGCUGGAGGCAACGAUGACAAGAAAACUGAGGCGGAAGAAAUGGAGACAUCUCCAGAGGAUGCCAAAGAGGAGAAGAAGAAUGACCAGCCUCCGCAAGCCAAGAAGGCCAAAGUAAAAACGAAGACUGUGGAUCUGCCUAUAGAGGGCAAACUGCAGUGGCAGCUGCCUGCUGAAGAACUCAAUACAUUUGUGGAGAAUGAGGGGAAGAUGAUCAUGCAGGACAAACUUGAGAAGGAGAGAAACGAUGCAAAAAACAACGUAGAAGAAUAUGUGUAUGAAAUGAGGGACAAACUGCACGGAGCACUGGAGAAGUUUGUUAAUGAAGCUGAUCGGGACAUGUUCUCUUUAAAACUAGAGGACACAGAAACCUGGUUGUAUGAAGACGGAGAGGAUCAACAGAAGCAAGUUUACAUCGACAAAUUGGCUGAACUGAAAAAAAUUGGACAACCUAUUCAUGAUCGAUACAUGGAAGCUGAGGAGAGACCUAAAGCUUUUGAGGAGCUCGGCAGACAGAUACAGAUGUACAUGAAGAUCAUUGAAGCCUACAAGGCAAAGGAUGAGCAGUAUGAGCACCUUGAUGAGCUGGAUGUGACUCGGGUGGAAAAGCAAGUGAAUGAGGCCAUGGCCUGGAUGAACACCAAGAUGAACCAGCAGAACAGUCAGGACCUCACUGUGGAUCCUGUGGUCAAAGUCGGAGAAAUUAAGUCCAAAACAAAGGAGCUUUACGCAUCUUGUAACCCGGUGGUAACUAAACCCAAGCCCAAGGUGGAGCCUCCUAAGGAGGAGAAGACGGAGAACGGACCGGUCAAUGGACAGGCUGAACCAGAGAUCCAGCCUGAAAACCCGGAUAAAACAAAACCCACAAACACGGAAAAGGAAAACAAGCUCCCCGAGAUGGACAUUGACUAAACUUCCGCUGAAGCCGACCUUCCGUUUCCCAUCCGUUUGUACCGCUGCUCGCCCCAAUUCAGCCCUUUCCUCUGAGAUGGUUCUUAAUGACACGUUAGCAUCUUGGAGAAAAAGACAGCCUUCACCUCGUGUUUUCUUACAUUCUUUGUAUACAGAAAUAUUAAAUAAUACUAUUUAAUGGACUAACUGGCGGCGUGAAAGAUAAGUGUGGGUUUGCAAGCUGCUUAGUCUGUGCUUCUGACUGUCCUGAUUGCUGUUUAGCUUCUCCUAAACACCUUUAAGCUAUGAUUGUCAGAUGAGGAUAGCCUGUCAGCAAAGCUGCUGAAGGUAAAGAAUAGUGCUUUAAGAAAUUGUAAAAUAUUGUUUAAAAAAGCAUCCAUGCAGCGGUGAAGGGGAUAUCAGUAGUUGGGUUGUAAAUUUCCUAUUGUGGUUUUGUCUUUUUUUUUUUUUUUUUUCAGCACAAAUGCAAAACUCUGUUAUGAUUUAUUUGUUUAAUCGAAUCUUUGUUCUGUUGUACUGUCUGUUGAAUUUAAAUAAGAGUUACUGUCAUGCAGUA